AUGCCGCGAAUGGAGAACGAGCUGCUGCAGCUCUCGGAGAACAUCGCGUCUAACACUCUGAAAGUCCGGACAGGAGCUGCGGAGAGAUUAAAUUCUCUCCUGGACAAUCCAGAGGCAAGAGACGCAAUCUCUCACAAUGUAUCUAUUGAUUUUGGCUCAAAGGAUCUCUUGAAUCACGUCCUGCAAGGACUGAAGAAACAAAUUGAAAAGUACGCCCGGACUGAGAGACCUGAUAAGUGGCUGACUGUGUUCAACUCCUGCGUCCAAAAGAUAAUGGGAAUCAUCAGCCAGAAUCCUCUGCUGAUUGACAGUUCAUAUCUAGUGGAGAAAUUCAUCUCUAUUCUGGAAGAUGAAAGCCUCCUGACCUUCUGCGGGACGCAAUUUAUUCAAAUCAUCAUCAGCUACUUCUCUGCAAAUGAUGUGACACUCUGUCGCGUAAAACUAGCCCAAUGGAAUGAUCUUCUGGACAUCCUCGUGGAUUUGUAUCUUGACAGCAAUUCUAUCACGAAGAUCCUUAUUCUUCAGGCAGUGAGAACUGUGCUCCAGGAAGGGGUGAAACACAGCUACAUCUUAAUUCACUUGCCUCAGUUUGUGGAGAAGUUCGAAAGAAUCUUCCUUUCGGCCAGUGAAGAUUGUAUGCGAAGAGAGGCUUUUAGCGUCAACUACACUCUCUGCGAAGUCCUAGCUGUACAGAAUACUUCCCUGGUGGAUAAGCAUUCAAGGAAGAUCUUGCCGAAGAUCAUCGAAAAUUAUUAUCUCGCGCGUCAUGAUGAUAUGAAGGAAGUAAGUGUGAAGUUCUUUCAUCUAGUACUGAUCCUCAGUACUCUUCCUGAUGCAUCUUCGGACGAUGAAACAUCGUGGAACUGCCUGAAAUUGAAGAUGUUCAACAUUCUGGACACUGAACUCAAGCAUGUGGUGAAGAUUUCGGAGAAUAGGAAGUUCUCAGUGUCGCCUAUAUUGGUGAAAUUUGGCGCUUGUCUUUAUAUGGAUUUGAUCCGGAGCAAGUUUAUCACCCACUCCAGUCGUGGAAAUGAUGAGCAAGCGAGGAAGAGAGCUCGAUUCAAUGAGAAUUUCCAGGGGCUCCUCGAUAUGGUAAACCCAGCGAACCAGGAGAUCGAUCUGGGAUGGUUCUGUAUUCUCUGUGAGAUAGUAAUAAAUCACAGAGAUCUUCAUUUGCUGGAAGGAGAGAUGGAGAAGGUGGUGAAAAUUCUGGAAUUAUCUCAAAUGAGUCUCAAGGCUGAUGUUCUGAUGGAGUAUUUCUGUGGAGCUGCAGCGAUUCUCUUGACAGAGACAAAGAGAAAUCCAAAGUGCAGAGAAAUCUUCCUGACAAUUGCUCAAAGAAUCCUCAAAUUAUCUUCGAUCGACGCUUUUUCCGCGGAUCUAAUCAGCAAGAUCAUCGCUUGUGGAAUUAUUCCAUUGCGACAGCGAGUGAAGAUCAUUGAGGAUUUCUUGGGAAACAAGGAAGAGACAAGAGAGAUGAAAAUCCUCAUAACAGCUUUCAAUGAUGCCAAUGCUAAAGAGAUUUUUUUCUCGAAAAAUCCCCUGAAUACAAUUACUACGUGGACUUCUACCUCAACAGACGUUUUAGUUAAACUGCAGCCAAAUUUAGUGGCUGAAAUGGUGGUGGUUUACCUCGUGAAUGCAAUAAGGUUAGAAGAAACACGUCCAGAAGAUGUGAGGAAAUCGAAGAUCAUCGAUAAGGAAUAUUCUGAAGCAAUGAAGGAAAUUCAGGGAAACUUAAAUGACAAGUUUCUCUGCAAGUUCAUCGAAAAGAGUGAGGAGAAGACCAAAGGAAUUCCCCAACGAGGACAAUUGGUUGGAAUUCAUCUUCAGGAGUUGAUGAGGAGUCUUUGUGUUUUGCCGAUAAAUAUUCCCAGCGAAGUGGCGGCUUUAUACUUCACCAAACGUGCCGAGAUAUUUCUCCGAAUCCACAAUGCAGUCAAGAAAGUUCUCCUGAACGAGGUGGAGAACUUUCUGGUCAUGUUGCGAUCUGAAGUAAUGAAGAAUAUACAGGAAGUCGAGAGGCGCCUCACAGAGAAGAAGCGUGAAUUGUCGAGAAGUCACAUCAUGAGUCUGAUUGAGAGACUGUCGCACUUCUUCAAAGAGGAUAAUCAAGGCCUGAUAAGAGAUUGUGAAGUUUCUGGCAUUGUAAAGUACGUUGCUGAGCACUUUCAAAAUUGCUACUCUCACCUUGGAGGUGCCAACGAAGAGUCCUACCGCGUCAUACUGACAAACUGCCUCCAGUGCAUGGUUCAUAUGCACAGUUUCCAUGCAGUAUCGGUGGAGAAUUCUUGGAGGAGGAUUACAGACAGCCUCCUAGAUUCUGAGACCAAAGCUACUCGCAGAAUUACUUUGGAUGUGCUAAAGACGAUCGUCCAGAUGCCCUAUGCAGAUUCUUUGGCUGAUUGGACGUGCACUGAGAUUGAAGACCUCACGUCGAAGUUCAACAAGUGUCCAGAAGUACUUGAAGAACUCCUGGGAAUUAUACGAGAUGCAGCGGUGUAUUUCAAAGACAAUAAUCCUGAGAAUCUGGACAAAAUCCUAGAGCUCUUCACCAAGCUCCUCAAUAUCUCACUGAAGAACAUCUACCGCCCACAGAUUGCGAAGAUUCUUAUCGAACACAUUGUCCACUUCUUCCUGAACGGCGUGGCGGAUGAUCAGGAUACGGCCGAAACGUUUAUUGAAGUACUGAAGCGAUUUCUCAACUCUUCACUCUUCACCAUUCAAAUGAGUGUCGUGAGAGCCCUUGUGGAGAUCUUCAAGGAUGGCACAAAAGUGGACUUUGUAUACUUUCCAAAGGACGAUCUGGCAAAUUUCUUCGUCAACAAUGAGGAUUCCGCGGAGAAUAAAUUUGCUAUCAUUGUGCAAUUGUUUCAAGGGCUCUUCAUCAAUUGCUUGCCCGCCAGAAGAUUUAUGCUCUUCAUAUUCGCAGAUAUGCUGUCGCAACAGAACGAAGUUGAUGCCCGCCUUGCGCGUCUGCACGACGAGCGCUUCAACCGGCAGGCGAGUGUGUGGCGCAAGUACGUGGAGUACUGCAUGCCGGACAUGGUGGAGCUGUGGUCACGCUGCGCGAAGCCGGUCGAAAGUCACUGUGAGAUGACACAGAGGCAUCAGCGCCUUCCGCCGCCUCAUGGUCGCCUGGUGGGAUAUUCAUACAAACUUGUGACUUGUCCCAAGUCCACAACUCCAUCUGAGCCACCUCUCUCACUCGUGCACACGCCUCUGCUGUGUUCCAGCCCACGAGCGCUCGCCUGCCGCUCAUGGUCUCCCAUUGCCCGCGAUGCUCCUCGCCUUCCAAAGGGAAGGCGCACGGCCGCACUUUUCCCACUCUUGGAAUUUCUGUCCUCCGCUGAAUGCCACAUGAGACACAUUCCCGGACUAUUGGGCAAAACUUUCGGCAAUUCCGUCACGUUCGGCACAACAAUGUUUGGUAUGCUGGCGUUCGGUGUGUGUGCUAAAAUCUUCCCACAAUUGGCUGGUGGCACUCAUAUGAUUAUGUCGAGUCGACGCAAACAAUUCUCACUCCCAACGAACAUCGCUGGAUGCUCAUCUCGUGUCGCUUUUAUGGACAAAUACCGACAAAUUUUUCCAAAAUUCCUGAUCUAUCAUGGCCAGGAAAAAGUUCUGAAAGAACUGGGUGCUUCUGACCCGAAGGAAUUGGCGAAAAAUUCCAUGCUCGAGUGCUUUCCGUUCAUCCUUUUGGAGCACAAUGAGAAGUGUCGCAAGAUGAGAGAGUUCUUUGAGAGAAUCUUUGGAAAUACUGGUGACUUUGCGAAGCAGAAUGGAGUCCUGAUCCUGCAGAAACUUUUUGAGAAUUUCUGGGAUAGCGCAGAAUUUAAGAAACUCUUUGGUUUCUCCCACAGUGAACUCAUGCUUUCUGAGUUGCAACUCAAUUGUGAGCAAUUCCAAAGAUGUCUCGAUAAAUUGAAUUGGGAUUUUUCGGAUUCUGAUGGCAAUUUUUUCAGCACUCUAUGCCAUACUGAACCUUUUGAGGUGGUGAAAAUCCUCAUGAGCCUCAAGCAAGCUAUUUAUCGUGCGCCUGACACUCUUGAAAUGCUGAAUCCGAUUUUACGCUUUGUCCACUUCAGCAGAAGACUCACAGCUGUGGUUAAGAGUGAUUCCCUAGACAGCACAGUCAAGAGUUUCUUUUUCUGUGAUGUGACAAGAUUUAUCCUUCAUCUGGUAACCACUGUUGAUUUUCCUCAUAACGUGAUGAAGAGUCUUCUGCAAGAGUUUUAUGCAGUCUUUGAGCAGAAUUUCGACAAUGCUCGCGAUGGUGUGAAGGAUCAGCUUGAGUUUGCAGUGGAGAAACUCACGAAAAUUGUGAGAAGUGUGGAGAACGAGGAUGUGAAGUCAACUGCUUUGAAAACCCUGAGAUUUCUUUUCAUUGAAAAGCAAACUGAUUUGGUGGAUGUCCUAAAAGUGAUCAACAAUAUGCCGAGAGAAGUGGAAUUUGAUGCCAUCAGAGAGACUCAGGAUGUGAUUGUGAACAUGAACUUUAGUAGUUCGUGUGAUUUACUCAUGGAAGAGACUGUGGAAAAUGAGAGUAACUUGGUGAAGGAUAUUGAUCACUUUCUGGUGAUAAAGAAUCCUAACAUUGACAGUAUCAAGCAUCUCAAAAGAAAGUUAUCAAAGAAUCCUGCGAAAUUGGCUGAUAUUUAUCAGCAAGUCAACUCACAAGCCACUGAUACGAUUCUUCAUAAACUCACCGAUGUUUUGGUCAAAUGUACACAAUCUGAAGAUGACAGCGUGAGCUUGGAAGCAACAAAGUGCCUCAGUGAGAUGGGAUAUUUGGAAGUCAACCAAUCAAAAUCCACCUCAAACCCAAUGGAAGGCCGGAAGAAGACAAAAAUCUUCUAUGCCGAGCAAAUUAUCCUGACUUAUGAGAAGAUCAUCCAAUCACUGCAGGAAUUGCAACAAAACAGUGAUGUUUCCGUGUCAAAUGCUGCCACAGCGACACUGAAUGCAAUUUUCAGUGAUAUAAUAGGCAGAGAGAUGAGAAGUAUGAAGAACAGGAAGAUCUUCAUGAGCACUAAGAGAUGCAAGCAAGUUCUUAAUAUCUCUGAAAGCUCGGUGAAUUGUCAGUCUUUGAGGCAAUUGUUCAGAGCUGAGACGGGAGAUACUCAUGAGAUGUGGAUUGGAAGGGUGGCUGGGAAGAUUCUGGAGGCUUGUAGCUGUUCAGCACUCAAGAAAAUCACCACAAAGAGGACGUCAUUCGCUGAAUUUCUGGUGCCGACACUUAUAUCCCUCUUACUUUCAAUCCACUAUCGACCGAUUAAUGGCGAAAUUCAGCAAUCUGUGAAGGAUUUCUUUGAGAAUUACAGCAAAGAUAAAACGGACAACAUUGCGAGUAUUCAUUUGAAUAAGAAAUCGAUACAAAUCAUGCUCACCAUUUGCGACAGCAUUCGAUUUUAUAAUGCGGUAUCUUACCACGACUCAAACAAUGCCAAAACAUUCCAAAGGAUCGAACUGAGUAAUCUACAGAUUGCUGAUGCCGCGUGCUACAGUGAAAACUUCACUGUAUCCUUGGUAUUUGCCGAGAUGUGGAUCGCUGAACAGAUGAAUAUCGAGAAGAAGACUUCACGGGAUAUUCUAGGGACCGCCAUCAGAGAGAUUUUGAUCAAGUGCUACGAAGCGAUUGAGGAGAACGACGCUGCAAAACCAUUCUAUGACCUAGAAGAGAUGAGAUUGUGGUAUUUGAACAAUGAUUCUUCCAUUGGGAGGUGUUUUGUGGAGCGCGACACGGCGAAUGCACUGAAAUUGGAGCAAUCCGAUCAAUAUGAGCAACUCUUGCAGAGAUCUGGCCUUCACUACUUGACCAACUAUUUGUCGCCUGAGCAGAACUUUAAUUGCGCCUGGAGAAUGGGCGACUGGAAUGUGCUGGAGAAAGAUUCAUCUGCAGACAAGAAUUGCGACUUUGAGCGCGAUCACUACAAAGCGCUAAAGAAUGUGAUGAAGGGCGAUGAGAAUCUCACGUGGUUGUCCAUUGAGAAGUCACGGCUGAGCUUAGUGGAGUCGAUGAGGAGGAAAAAUCCUCAAUCGUCAAGGAUAUUCUGCAAUCACUUUACGAUGCUGCGUCAAAUGCAGCAAAUUGAAGAUUUCUCACUAGCAUUCUUCAGUGGCGAUCGCGAAGAUGCUUUGGUGCGAUUGUAUGACAAGUGGCAGUGGCACGAUACUUUGCCUUGUACAUCUUUUGUAGAGAAAGAGAAAAUUUUGGCACAGAGAUUAGCCAUCUUGAGUGCGGCAAAUGAUGUGAAGAUGACCGCAGAGAAGCAUAAAACUCUCCUGCGGCUCGUUCACGAGGCCAGAGAUGCCAAUUGUGACAAUAUUGCCAUUAAAUACCUCAAACAUCUGCGGAGUCUCACUCUGGACGACGAAAUAGAGUCUAAAAUGCUCCUUGAAGAUGCUCAACUCUGCAAGAAAUUUGGCUACACAGAUUUGGCAAAGAAACUAUUCUCAUCACUUGUUUGUGAUCAGAAAUACGAGUCAUUUUUCACGAGAAUUACAGGAUUGUGGACUUGUGGGGAGUUUUUCUCUGACAAUAUGAGUGAGAAUCCCAGUGAGAUAUAUCAGGAUUACUUCCUGAAAGCCAAGAAUGAGGUGAAUGAUUAUCAAAAGCGCUGUCAAAGUGUCGGCAAUGAAAUGAAGAGCAUCCAAGAGGAGAAGAUAAAGAUUUUCACAGCUGUGGCGAAGUUCGCAGAUAAAAUCUACACUGAACGUGACAAGUACCUGAAUUCAAAUGAGUACAAAGAGAAGUGUCACUAUAUUGAGUUGACACAGAAGGAGGCGCAGAAGUUAUCCGCACAGAAAUCAUCGAGUGCGGAGUUAAAGAAGAGGAAUUAUAUGAAGCGCUAUAUUUUAAUGAAGAACAGUGAACUGGACAAGAAUGAGAUUGAGUGCAUCCGCAAUGACAGGAAUCAAUAUCUCUCAAUUGCCAUUGAUUAUUACGUCUGUUUGGCGGUUUUCGGAGAGAACUGUGAUGUGUACAUCUCGAGACUGGUUUCGUUGUGGUGCUCAAAUCAUUCGGAGAAGAAAGUCACUGAGAUCUUAACGAGGGUGAUCGAUCAAGUGCCAAGCUAUAAAUUUCUAAAAGUCCUGCCACAACUUGCUUCACGACUGGGACACUCUAAUAUGGCAUUCAGGAAUCUCGUGGAGAAGACGAUCGAGCGAUGCUGCUCAGAUCAUCCCUACCACUCGCUCAAUCAUAUAAUGGCCCUUCAAAAUGCCAAUAAUGAUGCCGAAGAGGACAGUUUUGACGAGAGCAGUCACAUGUUGCAGACCAACGCCAAGAAGAUCAUUCAGAGAUUGCGAAGCAAUUGCAAAGUGAAGAAUAUUGUCGAAGAACUGAAUGAUGUCAGUGUUGCCUUUAUUGAAUUGGCAAAUAAAACGAUCGAACCAAUCUCACAAACCUUGAAAUUGAGCCCUAAUGAGAAGAUCCUAAAAAUGGGCAAUAAGCGACUCUUUCACCUGCCAACUGUGAAUCUUCCUGUGAGAAAAGACUGCAAUUAUGCUAAUAUAACAUACGUAACUCAGUGGUCAAAUGAGUUCAGCAUUCUUUCCGGCAUUAACGUUCCUAAGCGUUUGGUUUGCAUAUGCUCAGACGGGAUUAAUCGAAGUAUUAUUGUGAAGGGGAAUGACGAUCUUCGUCAGGAUGCACUCAUGCAGCAGGUGUUCCUCUAUAUCAAUGAUAUCUUCAGAAGGGAAAGUCACAUGCAAAAGCUUCAAAUUCGCACGUACAAAAUCAUUCCACUGACCAAGAGAUCGGGAUUUAUGGAGUUUUGUGAAAAUUCGACGCCCUUCACGACGUAUUUGUCUAGAGCUCACGCACGCUACAGGCCGUCUGAACCAUCUUACAAUGAUGCUCGUCGGAUUAUUCAGAGCUAUGCGCAACAGGAUCCUCAGACGAAAUUGUCAGAGUAUUUGAAACUCUGCGAGAAAGUGAAGCCAGUGUUCUACAACUACUUUCUGGAGCAGUUUCAAGAUUCGAGGCAGUGGUACGAGAGGAGAUUGGCGUACAUCAACACAGUGGCGUCAACAUCAAUGGUGGGAUUCAUUCUGGGCAUUGGAGAUCGCCAUCUGGGCAAUAUAUUGCUAGAUCAGAAAACAGCAGAAAUUAUUCACAUUGAUUUUGGCAUUGCUUUUGAGAGAGGUGUCAUUCAAAACACUCCAGAACUCGUACCAUUCCGUCUCACGCGUGAUAUCGUGUCGGCGAUGGGAUUUUUGGGUGUGGACGGGAUCUUCAGGCGCUCGUGUGAGAUGACAAUGGAGGUGUUGCGUGAAAAUCAGGCAACAAUUAACACAAUUCUCGAAGUUCUCCUCUAUGAUCCCCUGUGCAAUUGGAGCACGAGCCAGCAGUCCGAGAAGAGUGCAUCGUCAAAUGAGAGUAUGCACGUGAGUGAGCAGAAAAAUGCAUCGGCCGCUCGCGCGCUCUUUCGCGUUAAUGAGAGACUCAGUGGACGUGAUUCCAACUCCACUACUGUCCAUGCUGUUGGCACUCAAGUGGAGAGACUCAUUCAGCAGGCGAUAAAUCCGGCAAAUCUCUCGCGAAUGUUUUGCGGUUGGAGUGCAUUUUAUUGAUGCAGAAAAAAAUGUGAGGCGCACACGAUGAAUAUCGGAGGGAAACAGAUCAAAUGACGAAAUAAGGGGUUGUGACGUGAAGACGCAAGCCUGAGGUGUUUUGCUGGGGGAAUUCUACCUGAACGUCUCAUGGAAGAUAAGUGAAACUUCUUCAGUUAUAUUCCGCACAU